AUGUCCUCGCUCUGCUCCUCCUCCUCCUCCUCUUCUGUGGAUCCAUCUUUGAUCCGAUUUAUUCCACCCUCCCGACUUGAACUCAUUGGUCCCACACCCAACGUGGCCAACACAGUGGAGGGUCUCUCUCAUGAAAGUUGCAUGUUGGGUGCAAGUGCAGAUCAUUCCACUCCUCAACGUGCUAUCAUUCUUCACUUCUCUCGUCCUUAUCUUUUCAAAUUUAUUGAAAUGAAACCUCACAAACAAUUUCAUUGCUGUCAACAACAAUUUAAUGGAAUUGAUGUUUAUUACAAGAGAUGUUUGAAUACUCCUCAACAUCAACAACAACAAGGAGAAGAAUGGGUUGAAAUUGCAACUGUGAGUGGUGCCAAUUCGGAUGAUUAUUUGUAUCGGUUGGAUUUGGGUGAACAUGGAAUCUUCACUCAAAGUUUUAAAUUGACACGUUUUCCAAGAGAGAAUGUUUCAGUGGGAAUGAUGAAAUGUUAUGGAAUGAUGGAUGAAUCGAUGAAUCACCAUCACCACCACCACCACCACCUAUCGACGACGAUGACAACAUGUGGAAUUGUCAAUCCUAUGAAUGGUUACUACCAACAACAACAACAACAUGUUGGUCAAAACAACAACAACACUCUCAUGUCGACUACGACGAAUGAUUCAAACAUGUUCAUGCCACAUUGGUACAACAAUUACAAUACAACUCAUCCUCAUUUGGUUCGUUCCACCAAUGUACUACCAACACCAACACCACCUUAUUCGAAUACAACAACAAUGCCAACAUCAACUCUUCAUCCUAUUUACCCUACCCAUAACAACAACAACAACAACAACCCUUACAUCAAUACUACUACUACUACUAUUACUACUCAUGGGAAUGUACUUCAUUCAGUCUCAUCUCAAUUCAUACCAUCACCACCACACUAUCAUCACUACCCUCCCUAUCAAUAA